AUGCAACGGGUUUACCCACCGACUGUGUCCAACGAGCUCAGCAUGGCCACUACGGUCAUUAACAACUCCUCCCUCAUCGUUGUAGCUACAGCCGCCAUGUUCACUAGGCUGGGGCCAACAAUUCAUCAACCUGUUCAAGGACUUCUUGUUGACGAAGCUGAUCAAUUGAAAGCUUCCGAGCUAUUGGCCGCCUUCUGCAGUUUGAACUCUACUGUUCAACGACUGGUUCUUGCGGGAGACCCUGCGCAGCUCACAAGUCCCCUGCCCCCCAUCCUGUUGCCUAUGUACAACAUUGGCUUAAUGUGUGCCUUGGUAUUGGCCGUAUCUCAUCCACAAUCGACCAAGCUCGCGUUGACAGCUUCAUUCCGCUUCAAUCGGCCACUGGCCGAAGCCAUCAGUCACUCUUGUUAUAAGAGCACGCCUCAGUUUUAA